AUGGAGUGUGGGGCUGCAUUGGAGUCUUGGAGACGAUUGUCCGCUAAUCUUAGAUCGUACUUUGUAGAUAUCGAAACGUUGAGAAGCACCUAUCACAUCUGUGGCACACUCUGUGGCACCCUACCUCAGGCCACUCAACAAAAUGUUUUUCUCGGCCUGCCUCUGGUUCUCCUCCCAGAAGAAGUGGUUACUUUGGUUAAUGAAACAAUAAUUAUUGACGAUCAUGCAUCGCACGGAUCCCCUACCGCUCAGCAACUUGCAGAAUGGAAUGACAAUAGGAAAAGGGCUAAUGAAGCUCUAGGAAUGAAGAAUCUCCCUCGAGCACCACCAAAGAUGAGCGAUGAAGCUCUCCAGAAACGCCUUGAACGACAGAAACGAAAGGAAGCUCAGUCAAAACCUGUAGCGGAAACUGACGUCGUAAAUGCACCGGAAACACCAAUAUAUCAACAAUCUCAGUCGACCAGUGCAAAAGAGAAGAGCUAUGCCUUCACGAUACCAGCAACGUCAGAUCUUCCUUGGUACAACUCUACUGGCUAUCAUACUCUCGAAGAAGUACGCUCCGCAGGCAUUUGGACAUACCCAGAAUCUCUAAAGGAGAGAGCAAAGUGUGCGAUCUUCCACGAUUUGUGGAAGAAGGGCUACUAUAUGGGUAGCGGGUUGCGAUUUGGUGGUGACUGGUUGGUGUAUCCUG